AUGAGUAUCUGGUGGGCGAUUCACAGCUGGAUAGACAAUCUCUCCAUGAAUGUCCCUUGCACAAUUGCCUUAGGAAAAAGUUGUAGAGUUCUUGUAACUUUCUCCUUGAAUCCUUCUAGAUUCUCAUCAAUAAGUUCCUUUGGGAAGAGAAGAUUCAUGUUGCGGCCAGAUCGAGGCUUUCUCACCUUCCUUCUAGGUCUAAAGACGUACAGGGAGAGCUUUGGUCACAUGGACCACAGGAGAAAGCAGGCAGAAACGGAGCGAAAGGAGCUCGAUCGAGUCACAGGUCGAUCGACCCGUGCGACCAAAGCUCGAUCGACAUGCAGCGAACAGCUCGAUCGAAUGCGCAAGGAGACUGCUCGAUCGAUCCCAUGCGAAGAGUCGAUCGAUCCCAUGCAGACAAGCAGCUCGAUCGAUCCCGUUCUAUCUCAGCCGUUCGAUCAAUCCCGCUCAGAUGAUAUCACAGCCGUUCGAUCUACUUGGUGCAAACCGACUCGAUCGAACCACAGCGAACCGGAUUGA